AUGACCCACUGGCAGCAAGGUCAAGGGAUCCUCACUGACUGGGAUUUAACCAACAGGGACAGGGCUUCUAGAGGUGAAUCUUCCCAACCGAUGCAAGGCAUGAGGUCUCUUUAUCGUAUGCAAUUCCUGAUUUCGUUAUGCGUGCUAUACGAGGGGAACGUGGCAUUUUAUGUCAAGCGGUCUCCUCAGUUCCCGGGUUCAUUAAACAACACACCCUUCAAGCCCGAACACAGGGUUCAGGAUAUCAUUGUCACGACUUUCGACGAAUCGACAUACAAGACUUUUAUUGACCUUUAUACAGGUGGUUCUGAAAAGUCAUGUAUGAUCUUGUUCCGGAAUCAGCUCAGUGUCCUUGAGCUAACCGAUAAUGCUCCAUUGACAAUACGCGCAGCGACACUACCGGGAUCGCAAUUCAAUUCCACCAUUUUCCCUCUUGACACCGAUAAGUUCGCAAGUCAUGAUUAUCUCCUGGAGCUGUCCUUGACUGCCCUCGCUGCAUCCGACGCUGGCUCCGGAGAGGCUUGCUAA